AUGCCGAAGCCCCCGCUGCUGCUGCGGGGGAGCCGCCCCGGGGACAGCGAGCUGGGGCGGCAGUUCCGGGACUGGUGCCUCCGCACCUACGGGGACUCGGCCAAAACCAAGACGGUGACCCGGAGCAAGUACCAGCGCAUCGCCGAGGUGCUGCAGGGGGGAGCCGGCUCGGGCACCGGCUCCGGCGGGGGGGAGAAAGGCAAGUUCCAGUUCUGGGUCCGGUCCAAGGGCUUCCGGCUGGGAAGCGGCACCCGGGAGGCGGCGAAGAUGGGUCAAGUGGUGUAUGUGCCGGUGAAAACGGGAACGGGGGCAGAUGGACUGUCGGAGCCUGAGGGCAUCUCUCUGAAACGCGUUGCUGUGGUGGAAGAUUUCUUUGACAUCAUCUACUCGAUGCAUGUGGAGAGCUCAGCGGAGCCAGGCAAAGCACCCAAACAUGCUGGCCAGAAGAAAACCUAUCGAGCGAUUGCAGAGACCUAUGCUUUCCUUCCAAGAGAAGCUGUGACCAGGUUCCUAAUGAGUUGCACUGAGUGCCAGAAGAGGAUGCAUUUUAACUCCAAUGGACUGGAGCCCAAAGAAAAUGAGCCACCCUCCUCUUUGGUCUCUGGAAUCAUUGACUACAACAUGCCUCUCACCUCCACCUAUCUGAAGCAAAUGAAGCUGCGGGUCAUGAAUUCACAGGAGCAGGAUGAGACAUCGGUGAGCAGCGAGGAUUUUGAUAUGAAUGACUCCACAUGGAUCUCGGCUGACCAGCAUCUUAACUCCAGUUUGAGCCCCAGUCAGGACGAGAGCAUGCGCAGCCCUCAGAAUCUCCACAGCCAGGAGGAUGAUGAUUCCUCAUCAGAGAGCUGCAGUGGGAACGGCUCCUCCACCCUGAACCCCUCCACCUCCAGCAGCACGCAGGGAGACAGCACCUUCCCAGAAAUGAACGGGAAUGGAACUGCUGCCCCCAUGGACUUCACUGCUUCGGCCGAGGACCAGCCCAUCAACCUGUGUGACAAGCUCCCGCCUGCCCAUGUCACUCCUUCCUACCAGUCAGACAGCUGUGCUGACGGGCUGCGGAGCCGGGUGAAGUACACAGCAAAGACUACAGCCGAGUCCCCUCCAUACAGUUCUGGCAGUUAUGACUCCAUCAAGACCGAGGUCAGUGGCUGUCCGGAGGACCUGACCGUUGGGAGAGCGCCCACAGCAGAUGAAGAUGAUGACGACCAUGACGACCAUGAAGAUAACGAUAAGAUAAAUGACUCAGAGGGGAUGGAUCCAGAGCGAUUAAAGGCCUUCAAUAUGUUUGUGCGCCUUUUUGUGGAUGAGAAUCUGGACCGAAUGGUUCCCAUCUCCAAGCAGCCCAAAGAGAAAAUCCAGGCGAUCAUUGAGUCCUGCAGCCGACAGUUCCCUGAGUUCCAGGAGAGAGCUCGCAAACGCAUUCGCACUUACCUCAAAUCCUGCCGCCGUAUGAAGAAGAAUGGCAUGGAGAUGACCAGACCCACCCCACCACAUCUGACCUCAGCCAUGGCAGAAAAUAUCCUUGCAGCUGCAUGCGAGAGUGAAACACGGAAAGCAGCCAAGAGAAUGCGACUGGAGAUAUAUCAGACAUCCCAGGAUGAGCCGAUCGCCUUGGAUAAGCAGCACUCCAGAGAUUCCACAGCCAUCACGCACUCCUCCUAUUCACUGCCAGCUUCGUCUUACUCCCAGGAUCCGGUCUACAUCAACGGAAGCUUGAACUACAGUUACCGUGGCUAUGGGACCCUUGGAGGCAGCCUGCAGCCACCCACUUCACUGCAAACAGGGAACCACAGUAACGGUCCUACUGAUCUCAGCAUGAAAGGUGGGGCCUCAAGUACAGCCCCUUCUAACAGCACCAGCAGGGGGAUGCCAGCUGCUCAGCUCAGCCCCACAGAGAUCAGUGCAGUGCGGCAAUUGAUUGCCGGCUACCGAGAGUCAGCGGCUUUUCUUCUUCGGUCUGCAGAUGAACUGGAAAACCUCAUUUUACAGCAGAACUGACUCCUGGUGUCUGUGUAGCUCCUGUGGCAGAAGACAAUUUACACCCUUUGGAAACAGGCUCCCACUGGUAUCCUGCUCAGGACUAACUAUCGUCCUCCCACCCAGUAGCUGGUACAUUUAGUUUUUAAAGGUGGAACCCUAGAACUGUUUUCUUUCACACUCCGAGCACCUGGGACUUGGGGCACAAGGACACAUUUUUGACUCUCUCAACACAGGUGCGCCUAGCUGAACAGAAGAAGCCAAACCUACAGCUUGGAUGGGUGUGGGAUUUUUUUAGGGUGGAAGGGAGCCUGGGGAGGCUUGGGGCUGCAGAUGUAUUUAGAAUAACCUUUGUGGACCCCAACGUUAGAAUCCCAUCCCCAGAUAAUUACCUUUCAAGGUCUUAGGUGAGCAGAAUUGCAUAUUUAUUGAGAAAUGGACCAUCCUCUCCCCUUAGUAAUUUAUUUUUCUGAAAAUGGAUUCUUUUGAGUUUGUACA